AUGUUCUCGCUCGACGUCAAGCGCAUGCAGGAGAAGCGGCAGCGCCACGACGCGCAGCUGCAAAAGAAGCUCGCGGACGAGUCGCCGUCGACAAAGGAGAAGCGCGUGCAUCGGCUGUACGGCAAAUCCACCGCCGACAUGUACGCGGGGUACCACGAGCGCGUUCAAGAAUUUGUACAGCAAACGCCAGCCCAUUGGACGACCGACUAUGGCAUCCACGCCAAGACCAUGACCAACCCACUGAUAUGGCCGCGCGACACGACCAAAGAGAUGCAGCCCCGCUACAUUGAUGCAGGCAACUACGAGGCGCGAGGUCGCAAAUUCCGGGGCGGGGGGGAGAAAAUGGCGCUGUCGACCGCCCCGCCCGCAACAACAACGUCCCCGUUUCGCACCCCGACCGCCGUCUUUCACCACGACAAGUAUGCCAACCCGAUCGAGUCGCCUUUUCGACUCCGCCACAAACCCAAGGAGAUCCAAGCUCCGCUGCGCUACAACACGGUCGUGCGCGACCCUGCGUCCACGGAGCUCGAGUCGGACAAGUUUGAUAUGACGUGGACCGAGCCGCCAGUCUUUCCCGAGUGGCGCGACCGGUCGCCGACAAAAUGGGUCAGUGGCGACUUUGACUUGACGUUCGCGUCCGGCACCACCAAGACCGCAGCUUUCCAAGGCAUCGGCUGUGCCCCGCAUGGUGCGACGCUCGACAGCACCGAGCCGUACUCGCCCGCGACGCCCGUCAUUCUCGCUGUCCCGACGCCCUUUACAUCGCGCGCAACGACGGCCCCCGUCCCCGUCGAGCGACUGUACCUCAACUCGCUCUUGACGGCUGACGGCGGUGCAAGUCUUGUCCGAGCGACCAAGUCGCCAACGUCCCCAACGCCACCGGUUCGAAGGGCAGAGUAA